CGGAGAAGGUUCUGGAACUUGGUGCAAAAGCAGUCAAUAAAACCGACAGCGGAGGAACCCACCGCUGAUUUGGAAUCAGAACAGCGGAGAGUGUGCACGUGUGUUAUUUAUUGAAGUUGUGCCUGCAAUAUACGCUAACGAAAAAAAAUGGCUGUAAAAGCACCUGCAGUGGGAAUUGAUCUAGGUACCACCUACUCCUGUGUUGGAGUGUUCCAGCAUGGGAAAGUGGAAAUAAUCGCCAAUGAUCAAGGGAAUCGUACAACACCUAGCUACGUCGCAUUUACGGACACGGAGCGACUCAUUGGCGAUGCUGCUAAAAAUCAGGUGGCCAUGAACCCAAGUAACACUAUUUUUGAUGCAAAGCGUCUUAUUGGGCGCCGUUUCGACGACCAGGCUGUACAAAGCGAUAUGAAGCAUUGGCCUUUCAAAGUCAUAAAUGAUGGUGGCAAACCAAAGAUUCAGGUUCAGUACAAAGGCGAAACGAAGACUUUCUUCCCUGAGGAGGUUAGCUCAAUGGUCCUGACAAAAAUGAAGGAAACUGCAGAGGCGUACCUUGGAAAAAAUGUCAGCAAUGCUGUGAUUACGGUUCCUGCCUACUUCAAUGAUUCGCAAAGGCAAGCCACUAAGGAUGCGGGAGCCAUUGCUGGACUCAAUGUGCUGCGAAUUAUUAAUGAACCAACAGCGGCUGCAAUUGCCUAUGGUCUCGAUAAGAAGGUAAGUGGUCAUGGUGAAAGAAAUGUGCUUAUCUUUGACUUGGGUGGUGGUACAUUUGAUGUGUCAAUUCUGACAAUUGAAGAUGGUAUUUUUGAAGUGAAAGCCACAGCAGGAGACACUCAUUUAGGAGGUGAAGACUUUGAUAACCGCAUGGUUAACCAUUUUGUGCAAGAAUUUAAGAGGAAGUACAAAAAAGACCUUACUACCAACAAGAGAGCACUGCGUAGGUUGAGAACUGCCUGUGAAAGAGCAAAACGCACACUAUCUUCGUCAACUCAAGCCAGCAUUGAAAUAGAUUCCCUCUACGAGGGUAUUGACUUUUAUACAUCUAUAACAAGAGCAAGGUUUGAAGAGCUCAAUGCUGACUUGUUCAGGUCAACUAUGGAACCUGUGGAGAAAGCACUCCGUGAUGCGAAGAUGGACAAGGCUCAAAUUCACGACAUCGUGUUGGUUGGUGGGUCAACUCGUAUUCCAAAAGUACAAAAGUUGCUUCAAGACUUCUUCAAUGGCAAAGAACUGAACAAAUCAAUUAACCCAGAUGAGGCAGUUGCAUAUGGAGCGGCUGUACAAGCAGCAAUAUUGGCAGGUGACAAGUCUGAAGAAGUGCAGGACUUGCUACUGCUUGAUGUUACACCACUAUCACUUGGUAUAGAGACUGCAGGUGGUGUGAUGACAACUCUUAUCAAACGAAAUACCACCAUCCCGACAAAGCAAACCCAGACAUUCACAACAUAUUCGGACAACCAACCUGGUGUGCUCAUUCAGGUAUAUGAAGGUGAGCGUGCCAUGACAAAGGACAACAAUCUUCUGGGUAAAUUUGAAUUGACAGGAAUUCCACCUGCCCCACGAGGUGUGCCUCAAAUUGAAGUCACUUUCGAUAUUGAUGCUAAUGGUAUCUUGAAUGUAACUGCUGUGGAGAAAUCAACUGGCAAGGAGAACAAAAUCACAAUUACAAAUGACAAGGGCCGUCUGAGCAAGGAAGAAAUAGAGCGCAUGGUCAAUGAAGCUGAACGUUACCGCGCUGAAGACGAGAAGCAGAAGGCAACUAUUGCAGCGAAAAAUGGACUAGAGUCUUACUGCUUCAACAUGAAGUCUACUGUGGAAGACGAAAAGUUGAAAGACAAGAUCUCAGACUCAGACAAGCAAACUAUCUUGGACAAGUGCAAUGAAGUUAUCCGUUGGCUCGAUGCCAACCAGCUGGCUGAGAAGGAAGAAUUUGAGGAGAAGCAGAAGGAACUCGAGCAGAUCUGCAAUCCCAUCAUCACCAAAUUGUACCAGGGUGCAGGAGGAGCUCCUGGAGGAAUGCCUGGUGGUUUCCCUGGUGGAUUCCCAGGUGCUGGUGGAGCUGCUGCUGGUGGUGCAGGAGCCGGUGGUGCUGGGCCAACUAUUGAAGAGGUUGACUAAAUGUGAAAGUGUCAAAGGUUAAUCUGUCCAGUCCAGUGCAGUUUUCAGUUCAAGCUUCAAGAUUUUUUGUUAACUUGAAGUGUGCAGCAACAUGUUACAGACAGAACUUCAAUAUAGCUCAAAAAUCUUGUUUCGUUACAAAUGUUUUCCAUUUCAAAUCCAUGUAAAUUGUUGUUUGGCUUUAAUUAAAGAGCUGUUCAGAAGAAAA